AUGUCCCUCAAGCCAAGUAGACUCGGUGCAAAAGACAAGAAAAUAUGGGUGGGUAAUGCUUUAGGUACUUACUCUACCAAAUCUGGCUAUUAUGUGGCCAGAGAAAAUCUAGCAAUCUCCAAUCCUUUGUUGCCUCAAAGAGAUGUGGAUUGGAAAAAAGAAGUGUGGGCUGUUCACACUUCCCCUAAGUUGAAAAUGUUUCUCUGGAAAACAUUACAUGGUGCUCUCCCAACUGGUCAGCAACUGGUCCAUAGGCACAUCCCGGCCAACCUGAGGUGCAGCUUCUGCGGGGAGGAUGAAUCUAUCACUCAUCUCAUGUUUGCCUGCCCUUUUGCAGUUAGCGUGUGGGAGCUAGUCCCUUUCUCUGCUCCCUUUAUCUCCUCGCAGGUGGUAGAAGUGCGUGUUGGUUUAGCUGCAGCUUCAAAGCUCACCUGUCUCCCUCCCGUCGGCCUUACUUCAGGCCCUCUCGCUCCAUGGAUUUGCUGGAAUUUAUGGAAGUCAAGGAAUCAAAGAGUUUUCAAUGAUAGGAAUUUCUCGGCGGAGGAAACUGUGCUAAAAUCCAUUCUAGAUGCCAAAGAAUGGUUCUCGGCACAUUGCAAGUCGGAUGGAGCUUGGCGUAAGGACCUGCAGACAGCGGGCCUUGGUUGGACCUUCACAAACAGCAAUGGUGAUACUUCUCUCCAUUCUGCUAUUUGUGAGCAUGUUUCUUCACCUCUUAUGGCAGAAAGUUUAGCCUGUAGAGCAGCUCUCAUGGAUGCGAAAUGGUGUUACCUCGUAUGGUAA